UCCCUUAUAAACAAGGUCUAUUGUAAUUGUAAGAAAGAGUUGAGCUACCCUCACCUCCAUCCAUGACCAUCCACCCUUAUUUAACCCCAUUUUGGCUAUUACCAACCUGUCACUCUAUCUUCAUCACUCAUCUUCUUUCUCACUCUCUCUCCUUCUCUUUCUCUUUCUCUCUCCUCCCAACAGAAUCACCCCUCUUCACCUCCAGCUAAUACCCAGACCCACCCCUUUCCGUUCUCUCUCUCUCCUCUAAAUCAAAAAUUAAUUAAAACAAUGGCUUAAUCACAUUAUAUAUUCCCUUAUUUUUCCAUCUUUUUCUUCCUUUUUUUUUUUCCAUUGAUAACCCCAUUAACAAACUUCCAUCUUCUGAGCUCAAUAUAUUCCAUCAAUGGUGUCGGUGGAAGAAACCCACUCUAAUUCUACUCGAUUACAUUCCAUGUACGCUAACUUUCACUCCCCUUCUUCUCUCUCCUCUGCUUCUUCUACCCAGAUAUGGCGAGAACGAGGCCGCUCCAUGAGAACCGUUCGUUCUACCAUCUUCUGCCCUUCUCCUUCCCCCUCCACCGGCGCCGCCGACCUUCCGCCGCCGCACCCUCCGACGGCCAGCAACUUCGUCUCCGAGAAUCUCACUGACUCAGUCAUGGACAUCCGACUCGGUGAACUCGCUUCUCGAACUGCUAAAUCGAUCAAAUCUUCCUUCGCUGAUGAUGAUUUCGGACUUCUCGAUGAUCUCUCUCGGUCUUUCAGCGACUACUCUGUUUGUAGCAGUGAUAUUUCCGGCGAGCUUCAGAGGUUAGCUGCGACUGCUUCGAUCGGGCCGGGUUCGGGUCCUGGAUCGGGUGAAAUGGAUCGAGAGCCCGAACCAUGUGAAGGGUUUCUUCAGAGAGAGAGCUUUUCGACGGAGAUUAUCGAGAGUAUUUCGCCGGAGGAUUUACAGCCGACGGUGAAGCUCUGUGUUGACAGCUUAUCCUCGCCGUCGGCGGCGAUUAAACGGUCAGCGGCGGCGAAGCUAAGGUUGUUGGCGAAGAAUCGGGCCGAUAAUCGGGUUUUGAUUGCGGAUUCGGGUGCUGUUCCGGGUUUGGUUCCGUUGUUGAAGUCUACUGAUCCUUGGACUCAAGAACACGCAGUGACGGCGCUACUGAACUUGUCAUUACACCCGGAUAACAAGCGGCCGAUUGCCGAAGCUUCUGGUGCGAUAAAAUCUUUAAUCUAUGUGCUGAAGACCGGGACAGAGACGUCCAAGCAGAACGCAGCGGCGGCGUUGAUGAGUUUGGCGAUGGUUGAGGAGGAGACGCGCCUUACAAUUGGCGCGUCCGGGGCGAUACCGCCAUUGGUGGCGCUUCUUAUAAAUGGGACUUCGAGGGGGAAGAAGGACGCGCUGACGACGUUGUAUAAGCUGUGUUCGGCGAAGUUGAACAAGGAGAGAGCGGUGAAUGCUGGAGUGGUGAGUCAUCUUGUGGGGUUGGUGGCUGAUCAGGGGAGUGGGAUGGCGGAGAAGGCGAUGGUGGUGUUGAGUAGUUUGGCGGGGAUCGAGGCGGGGAGGACGGCGAUAGCGGAGGAAGGAGGGAUAGCGGCGUUGGUGGAGGCGGUGGAGGAGAGCUCGCAGAAAGGGAAGGAAUUCGCGGUGGUGACAUUGUUGCAGUUGUGUGGGGAGAGUGUUAGGAAUAGAGGGUUGUUGGUUGCUGAAGGGGGUAUUCCUCCUCUUGUUGCUUUGUCUCAGAUUGGCACGGCCCGUGCUAAGCAGAAGGCUGAAACCCUUCUUAAAAUAUUGAGGGAGCCAAGGAAACAAGAGGCAGCUUCGUCGUCAAGUCCUUAACAACCAACCGAAGUGGUAUAUUUUGCAAUUAACUUUGGGGUUUUGCUUCCGUAGUACUGUAUAUAUCGAGGAGGAAGAGUGGUUUUGCCUUUGGUGGUGUCUAGUAUGUACAGUUGUGGUUUUUGGGAAAGUACUGGAGAAACUUAUUAUUAGGAACUGUAUUGAGAUCUUCCUCAAGCUGACUUAGAUAUUCAUUAGUAGUUUGCAAAUAGGUUCUCUGUUUAUCUUCUCCAACCUUCCUCUCUUGUAGUCGUCUUUUUUCCUCUUUACGUAGCCGCCACAUAUUUGGAGAUGGCCGAAGUUCUUUGUGAAUCAGUUUCGCUUCUCAGAAGUUCGGGCUUUACGGGGUUCUAGUCCUUCCAAUUUUUUGUUCCAGUGGUGCAAAAAUUUGUAUGAAGCUUAUUAGUAACAUUUUCGUAGUAUUAUUUAUCGGAUGUACUAUCUGUAUGAAGUUAUUAGUGUAGAUGUGCUCAGAGCCUCAGAAUAUGAAUUGAUGGAAACAAGAGGGUACUUGCAAUCCAUCUUUAGCUUUGGGUUACAUUAGAGGAAUUGUCGAAGUUGUACAUGUGUAAUGUUUGGGUGUAAAGCUAUUAUCCAAAUGAUAUUGUUAGGUUGUUGGGUGUUGUGAAAUUGUGACUGAGUUUUUUUUUGUCAUCUCAUCUUCAGGCAAGAUUAUUGAUAAUUGAUUGUA